AUAAAAGCAUCGAAGACCAAUGCAUUACUGGUAAAAAGAGCUUAUAACUCUCUUUGCUCUCAUCUCCUAAUAGCAGAGAAAGUGCUUUUCCUUUUUCUCACAUUGUUUUGUGUUGUAUACUGUAGAAUCAUAAUGCAUUGGAGGUUUUAGCUCUUUCAUUUUGAUUACUGAUUUUGUGGUGCACAUAGAAUGGAAAUGGAAUUGCUCUCUUUCUCUCUCCAUCUCUCUCUUUGGUAUUGUUGACAAAAAAAGGUAAAUAAGCAGCAACCUCUCAUCUGAUCAUAUAAUCCAAGUCUUUGCUAUUUUGCGUGAGAGAUUAGAAGAAAAGAUAUUUUUAUAAGAGACCAAGAGGUUGUUGUUUGCAUAUUUUUGUUGUUUUGGUAUUGGGACUUUGGGAGGAGGAAGAAGAAAGAAAUCUGUUUCUUCUGUAGAAGAAGGUUGGAGGUGUCAAACUCUUCCUCCUCUUCAUUCUUCUACAUCUUCCUUAUUGGUUUGUAACAAUCUCUCUUAAUAAUAAAAUAUAUAGUUUUUCUUCUACUUUAAUUGUUGGUGAUUUUAGGUUCAAUGAAUCUUUUGUUUUUGGUGCCCAGAUCCGAUUCUCUCUCUCCUCCCACUGCCCUUGGAAAUCCCAAUGUCACCAACACCACCAACUAGACCUUUUUUGUAAAAAAAUAAUCUUCUUUUUCAUUACCUUAUUAUAUUAGUUUAAUAACACCUUCGGCUUAAUUGUCACAUUCUUUGCGCAUUAUUUGUUGGUUAAUUUUGAGUUUUUAAAGGGUUUUUCUUUCCAAAAUCUCUCUCUCUCUCUCUUGAUUCAACUUGGCAACUUCAAGUUGCCAAAAAGUAGAUUGAGAGAGAGAAAGAGAAUUGUUUAUUGUUUUCAUGAGGUUGGUUAGGUAAUCCCUCAACUCCUAUUGGUUAUCCAUCUAUCCUCUUCUCCUUCCAUUUAUACUCUCAGACACAACAGAUCAAAAGGCAAAACACACACAACAUAAUGCUUCUCUACUUUAUCAUCUCGUGUCUCUCUUUCUUUUUCUUGUCCAAAUCAUUCUCUCUUCCUCCAUGGGCAUCUGAAACCAAAACCUUGCUCUCUUUCUACUUCUCCAAAAGCCUCUUCACCAAAACUCUGCAUCCAACCACACCUGAUCCCGCCUCUCCCGUGGACCACCAAAUGUCAGUCCUUGACCUCCCUGACCUGGCUCUGGAUCGCAUCCUCGAGCUUCUCCCGCCUUCUGGACUCUCUAGUAUGGCUAAGGUUUGUAGCUCCCUGAAGGAGAGAUGUGUGAGUGAUCAUCUAUGGGAGAAACACUUGGUCUCCAAAUGGGGCAAAGUCCUUGGCCCUGCUGCUCAUAGAGAGUGGAAAUGCUCUCUCUCUUCCUCGUAUCAUCUUGAUUCUCCUAGUCACCAGAUUGGUGGUCAUCCUCUUGGUUUUGACAGAAUCAUCUCUUUGAUCCGAUCUGUUUCCUCUGUUUUCCUAAAUGAUGAUGAUAAUAAGAGGAAGAGAUAUGCUGCGUCUUCUCUGCCACUUGAUGCCACCAUGAGCUUCUACCUCUCCCUUGAAACUGGUCGUUUUUGGUUCCCUGCUCAAGUUUACAACCGUGAGAAUGGGCAUGUAGGGUUCAUGUUGUCAUGCUAUGAUGCUGAGCUCAGCUAUGAUACUCUCACUGAUACUUUUCAGGCCAGGUAUCCGCCACAUGGUAGAAGAGCAGUUGCGGUUGAAAAGGGUGUGACGUGGGAGAGGCUAAGAGCAGCUCCCAUUGAUGCGUCUCCUCAUCAUCUUCAUGUGUCAGAUUCUCUAAACGAGUUGAAACCUGGAGAUCACAUCGAGAUUCAGUGGAGAAGAAACAAAGAGUUCCCUUAUGGAUGGUGGUAUGGUAUCGUUGGCCACUUAGAAUCCUGUGAUGGGAAUCUCAACCAUUGUCAUUGUCAUCUUAAUGAGAUGGUGGUGUUGGAAUUCAACCAGUACACAGUGGGAUCGAGGUGGAGAAGAACAAUGAUAAACAAGAGAGAUCAUAGAGAGGAAGGUAACGAGGAAGAGGGGUUCUAUGGAGGAAUCAGAAAGCUAAGUUGUAAAGAAGAGAUUGCUAUGUGGACACGUCUCUGGCCAUCCUCCAUCUUAGAGUAGGAUCAAGAGAUUCAAACACAACCAUUGUACUAAAGGGUAGUAGGGAUGUUAAUUUUAGAUGUGUACUCACUCUUCUAUCCAAUGUAUGAUUUAACUGUUGAUUAUUUA